GUCAGUUGCGGAGGUCAGAGUGUUUGAGGGCUUGGAGGGCCCCGGUUUCGCAAUUGGCGCUUGCGUUUGGGAGAACAACAGUGCGAUGUGUUUCCUCAGGUGAGUUUGAUAUCACAUGACUUGUAUAAUCCCAUUUUUAUUUCCAAUCUGUCUAUUCAUAUUGAACAUAUGUUCUUUCUCUGCAUGAAUGGGCAUUCGAUUUUUUCAUGUGUUGUCGCGAUUGGUAGGCGGUUGAUGAUGCAUACCACGAUAGUGAUUUUGGAAUGAUAUAUCUUGGGCGAUGUCUAAGUUUACUCAGGGACUACACCAAGAGAAAUCACAGUAGAGGGAAAAACCUACAAGACAGAUGAAUGGAUGAAUACACCCUCCACUAUCCUGGCAGCCAUUCCCCGUCGGCUACACCUCCAGCAAGACCAUCCUCUCGCCAUCACACGACAACUGAUAGAAUCACGCUUCCCGGACUACAAAUACCACAACGAUCUCUUUCCCGUAGUCACAGUUGGGCAGAACUUUGAUUCAUUGGGCUUUCCCCCGGACCAUGUUGGCCGUAACCGAACAGAUACAUACUACAUCAACAAGGAGACCGUGCUACGAACCCACACAUCCGCCCACCAGGCCGACACCUUCCGCGCCAACGAGAGCGCCGGCUACCUCAUCAGCGCCGAUGUCUACAGGAGAGAUGCUAUCGACAGAAGCCACUAUCCUGUCUUCCACCAGAUGGAGGGUGCCCGCACCUGGGACCGAAACGACCUAGGAGGCCAUUCCACACUCGAAGAAGCCAUCUGGGCCAACGUUGCUAAAAUACCCAAACACCCUCCCUCAGUCAUCGAAGUGGAAGACCCCAACCCGACCAUCCACCCGGAACGCAACCCCCUACAAGCCACGCACUCGGCCGCCGAAGUCGAAGCCAUGGCCGCCCAUCUCAAGCGCUCCCUCGAAGACGUCGUCGUUACCAUCUUCACCGCUGCUCGAAAUGCCGCCGCUUCCUCUGGUACCCCCCUUUCCCAAUCCGACUCCUCCGAGCCCCUCAAAGUCCGCUGGGUAGAAGCCUACUUCCCCUUCACCUCCCCAAGCUGGGAGCUCGAGGUCCUCUGGCAAGGUGACUGGCUCGAAGUCCUCGGCUGCGGCAUCGUCCAGCAACACAUCCUCGACAACGCAGGUGUCUCCAACCGUCUUGGCUGGGCGUUUGGCCUGGGUCUCGAACGUAUCGCCAUGCUGCUCUACUCCAUCCCGGAUAUCCGGCUCUUCUGGAGCACGGAUGAAAGGUUUCUGGGGCAGUUCGGAAAGGGAAGGGACAUCAAGAAAUUCACCCCCUUUUCCAAAUUCCCCGCUUGCUUCAAAGACGUGAGUUUCUGGCUUCCGGCAUCCGCUCCCUCUGCUUCUCCUCCGACCCAAUCCCCCUCGGAACCGUCAACCACAGCAACAACAACGACAAGUCCCGCGGGCGGCCUCACACCGACUGAAUCCUCUUCUCACACCGUCCCUAAUACCUUCCACGAAAACGACGUCAUGGAGAUCGCCCGCGAAGUCUGCGGCGACCUGAUUGAAGACGUGCGUUUGGUGGACCAAUUCGAGCACCCCAAGACGGGCCGCAAGAGCGUGUGUUAUCGGUGCAAUUAUCGGAGUUUGGAGCGGACGCUGACGAAUGAGGAGACGAAUGAGCUGCAUGAAAAGUUUAGGGAGGAGUUGAUGGGGAGGUUGGGGGUGGUGUUGCGGUAGAUUGGUUGAGACAGGACGGGAGGGAACGCAGACUGGAGGGAGGAGAAAAGAUGCCGAUGGGGGAAUUGGGCCAGGGUGGCGUGUUGACUGGUUGGGCGAUCUGUAGAGAGUAUGUACCAUAUGUACCAUAUGCGUAUCCGUGGUUCGAGCUGUACGAAUAUAUAGGUAAAGACACG